CGUCGCUGUGUUGGGAGUGAUGCCGGGCGAAAGAAGCGGUGGCGUUAUUGUUUCUGAAAGAAAACCGGAGAGGGGAAAGAGUUAAUGUACAGCUAUUUUAUUUAAGCGGUUUUAUGUUUAUUUUUGUACUGAUUAAAAAAUACUAUGACAUUGUUAAAUUAAUUGUUUUUAUACUGCAUUUUAUAAUUUUCAAAGGGAAUAGCAUCCAGGCCUCAAGGAGCCGCCGCUGGUCGAUUUUAACAAUAACCCUGAGAAAGUCCCUUAAUCCUGGACGACUUUUACCGGGGUUCAACAGGAUUUUAAUUGUUCAGCGGUUGACUGUAAAUUACAGUACAGUCUGUGGUCCGAUGGGGCACUUUUUUAGUGUUUAGGAGUUUUGUUUGAAAUCUUUAAAGUGCAAUAUAUAAUUUACAUUUAAGCACGAUUGUUUUGGAAAACACAAUAAGAUGUCUAACGGAGCAGCAGGAAGCGGAGGUUUGACUUGGGUGACCCUCUUUGAUAAGAACAAUGCUGCCAGAAAGGAAGAAGCAAAUGCCAAGAACGAUGGUGCCAAGACUGAAGGCUCCAAGAAGGAGGGUUCAAAGAAGAUGUCAGUGGAGCGAGUUUAUCAGAAGAAAACCCAGCUGGAGCACAUCUUACUCCGUCCAGAUACUUACGUUGGUUCUGUUGAACCAGUAACCCAGCAAAUGUGGGUUUUUGAUGAAGAUGUUGGAAUGAAUUUAAGAGAAAUUACCUAUGUUCCGGGCAUGUACAAGAUCUUUGAUGAAAUUCUUGUAAAUGCAGCUGACAAUAAGCAGAGGGACAAAAACAUGUCCUGUAUUAAAAUAACAAUAGACCCAGAAUCAAACAUUAUCAGCAUUUGGAACAAUGGAAAAGGCAUUCCUGUUGUGGAACACAAAGAUGAGAAAAUGUAUGUACCUGCUUUGAUCUUUGGGCAUCUCUUAACAUCAAGCAACUAUGAUGAUGAUGAGAAAAAAGUUACAGGUGGAAGAAAUGGCUAUGGUGCAAAACUUUGUAAUAUUUUCAGCACCAAAUUUACAGUUGAAACCGCAUCCAAGGAAUACAAACAUAGUUUCAAACAGAUCUGGUUGAACAAUAUGACAAAAACCAGCGAGCCAAAAAUUAAAUACUUUGAUGGGGAUGAUUACACCUGCAUUACAUUCCAGCCAGACUUGCCAAAGUUUAAGAUGGAGAAACUGGAUAAAGAUACUGUAGCCAUCCUGACAAGGAGAGCUUAUGAUAUUGCUGGGUCUUGUAAAGGAGUCAAAGUCAUGUUCAAUGGAAAGAAACUGCCUGUCAAUGGAUUCCGCAGCUACGUAGAUCUGUACGUAAAAGACAAGCUGGAUGAGACCGGCGUUGCACUGAAGGUGGUAAAUGAGACUGUGAAUGACAGAUGGGAAGUGUGUCUCACAAUGAGUGAGAAAGGCUUUCAGCAAAUCAGCUUUGUAAAUAGCAUUGCCACCACAAAGGGUGGCAGACACGUUGAUUAUGUGGUUGAUCAGAUUGUUAGUAAGCUCAUUGAAGUCGUGAAAAAGAAGAACAAAGCAGGAGUUUCAGUCAAACCUUUUCAGGUGAAGAAUCACAUCUGGGUUUUUGUCAACGCACUGAUUGAAAACCCGACCUUUGAUUCCCAAACAAAGGAGAACAUGACUCUCCAAACCAAAAGCUUUGGGUCCAAGUGUCCACUUUCAGAGAAAUUCAUUAGAUCAGCAACUAAUUGUGGCAUUGUUGAAAGCAUCCUCAACUGGGUAAAAUUUAAGGCCCAAACACAACUGAACAAAAAAUGUUCUUCAGUGAAAUACAGCAAAAUUAAAGGUAUCCCAAAACUUGAUGAUGCCAAUGAUGCUGGGGGCAAGCAUUCCGCUGACUGCACACUCAUUCUGACUGAAGGAGAUUCAGCCAAAUCCUUAGCGGUGUCAGGUCUGGCUGUCAUUGGUCGGGAUCGGUAUGGAGUCUUUCCACUUAGGGGUAAAAUCCUAAAUGUUCGAGAAGCAUCUCACAAGCAGAUUAUGGAAAAUGCAGAAAUCAACAACAUUAUCAAAAUAGUUGGUCUGCAAUACAAGAAAAGCUAUGAUGAUCCAGAGUCUCUAAGAACACUCCGCUAUGGAAAGAUUAUGAUCAUGACUGAUCAGGAUCAAGAUGGCUCUCACAUCAAAGGCUUACUCAUCAACUUCUUCCAUCACAACUGGCCAUCUCUGCUUAGGCACAGCUUCUUGGAAGAGUUUAUCACUCCAAUUGUGAAGGCCACCAAAAAUAAACAACAAUUGGCAUUCUACAGCAUACCUGAGUUUGACGAAUGGAAGAAGCAGACAGAAAACUACAAAACAUGGCACAUCAAGUACUACAAAGGUCUGGGCACCAGCACUGGAAUAGAAGCAAAAGAGUAUUUUGCAGAUAUGGACAGGCACAGGAUCAUGUUUAAAUAUGCUGGUCCUGAAGAUGAUGCUGCCAUUACUCUGGCCUUCAGUAAAAAGAAAACAGAUGACAGAAAAGAGUGGCUCACAAACUUCAUGGAAGAUAGGCGACAACGGAGGAUGCAUGGCUUGCCAGAGCAAUAUCUUUAUGGAACGCAAACAAAGCACCUAACCUACAAUGACUUCAUUAACAAGGAACUGAUUCUGUUCUCAAACUCUGAUAACGAAAGGUCGAUUCCAUCUCUUGUCGAUGGUUUGAAACCUGGUCAAAGGAAAGUCUUAUUCACUUGCCUCAAAAGAAAUGACAAACGAGAAGUCAAAGUUGCUCAGCUUGCUGGGUCUGUCGCUGAAAUGUCAGCAUAUCAUCAUGGUGAGCAAGCUUUGAUGAUGACUAUUGUAAACUUGGCUCAGAACUUUGUUGGAAGCAACAAUGUGAACAUUCUGCAGCCCCUUGGUCAGUUUGGUACUAGGAUUAAUGGUGGCAAGGAUGCUGCCAGUCCUCGUUACAUCUUCACAUUGCUAAGUUCUUUGUCAAGAUUGCUGUUUCCAGCGGUGGAUUCUAAUUUGCUCAAGUUCCUUUAUGAUGAUAACCAAAAAGUUGAGCCAGAGUGGUACAUUCCUAUCAUCCCUAUGGUGCUAGUAAAUGGAGCAGAAGGUAUCGGCACAGGAUGGGCUUGCAAAAUUCCUAACUACGACCCCAGAGAGAUUGUGAACAACAUCAACCGAUUGCUUAGCAACCAGGAACCGUUACCAAUGCUUCCUAGUUACAAGAACUUUAAAGGGACUAUCCAUGAAUUGGGUCAAAACCAAUACAUGGUCAGUGGGGAAAUCAUUGUGGUGGACAAGAAUACAAUAGAGAUAACAGAACUUCCAUUUAGAACAUGGACACAGACAUACAAAGAAACAGUUCUUGAGCCAAUGUUUACUGGAACUGAGAAGACUCCAGCUUUAAUAAGUGACUACAAGGAGUAUCACACAGACACAACAGUCAAAUUUGUGGUACGAAUGACAGAGGAAAAACUAGCUCAAGCAGAAGCUGCGGGACUCCAUAAAGUUUUCAAACUCCAGUCGAGUCUAACGUGCAACUCCAUGGUGCUUUUUGACCAUAUGGGCUGUAUGAAGAAAUAUGAAACAGUGCUAGACAUUUUGAAGGAAUUCUUUGAAUUGAGGUUGCAUUACUAUAAGUUACGAAAAGACUGGCUCGUAGGAAUGCUGGGAGCAGAGUCUGCCAAACUUUCCAACCAGGCACGAUUUGUCCUAGAGAAGAUUGAGGGAAAAAUCUCCAUUGAAAAUAAAUCAAAGAGGGAUCUAAUUCGGAUGCUUGUUCAGAAGGGCUAUGAAUCCGAUCCUGUGGCGGCCUGGAAUAAAGCGCAAGAAAAGUUGCUGGAAGAUAAUGCAGAUAAUGAUGAUGAUACAAGCUCCAUUGACUCUGGCUCAACAUCUGGGCCUAAUUUUAAUUACAUCCUAAGUAUGCCUUUGUGGUGCCUCACGAAAGAGAAAGUACAGGAGCUCUUAAAACAGAGAGAUUCUAAGAAAAUGGAGCUUGAUGACCUUGAAAGAAAAACUCCAUCUGAUCUUUGGAAGGAAGACUUGGCAGCAUUUGUUGAAGAACUUGAUCGAGUGGAAGCCCAAGAAAAGGAGGACAUGAUGGCUGGAAAAGCUGCAAAGCUAGUAAAGGGGAAAGUAGGCAAACCGAAAGUAAAGAAAUUACAGCUGGAGGAGACGUUGCCUUCACCUUAUGGACGCAGAAUUGUGCCCCAGAUCACUCAAGCCAUGAAAGCAGACGCAUCCAGAAAGAUGACUAAAAAGAAAAAGGGAGAAGUAGACUCCAUGGCAGUGAAAAUUGAGUUUGAUGAAGAACUGGAUGAAAUGACAGAAGAAGGAAGUGGGCUAAACUCCAUCAAUACAUCAGUAAUAACACCAAGAAACACACCAGCAGUCAAAGUCAAGACUCCACGUGUAAAGAAAGAAAAAAAAGAACCAGGCACUCCUAGGGCAAGGAAAACUCCAACUGCCAAAGGAACCCCCAAGAAGACCAAGAAAAGAAACCCUUGGUCAGAUGAUGAAUCCAAAUCAGAAAGUGACUUGGAGGACAGGGAACCUGUUGUAAUUCCACGAGACACAAAAUCUCAAAGAUCCUCUGCUGCAAAGCCAAAAUAUACCUUUGAUUUCUCUGAAGAAGAGGACAAUGAUGAUGAUGAUGACGAUUAUAUAAGAACUGCACCUUCACCGGUUAGGAGUUACAAAGAUGAUGACUUUGUACCCUCAGAAAGUAGGGACCGAUAUGAGGAAGAUGACUUCCCUUCAGCUAAAUCAACAUCUCUAGCGGACCCAGCUUCUCCAGCAGAGAAAAACCAUGAACCAGCAAUUGUAUUUUCAACAACAUCUUUGAACUGUGACAAAAACAAUGACAGUGAUUCAUUGAAGUUUGACAGCGAUGAUGAAGGUAGUGCACAUGUAUUUUCAUCGCUUUCUAGCUCAACAACCUUUGAUAAAUUACCUGCUGCAAAGAAAGUAAAGAAACCUUCAGAUGGAUUGCCUAAACCUAAAAAAACUCCAAAGCCUAAGAAGUUUAAGACAACAGCCUGGGAAUCAGAUUUAGAGUUUGGAGUUCCAAAGAAAUCUGCAACUCCUAAAGGUAAAGGUCGAGGGAGGAAGAGAAAACCCCAGUCUGGCUCCGAGGAGGAAGAUGAAUACUCUCCUGCAAAAAAGACAGGGAAAGCUCCUACAAGCAGGAAAUCUAAGAAGGUUGUUUCAGAAGAUGACGAUUUUGACACAAACUUUGGCAGAUCAGAAACCUCUUCAAGAGAAAGGCCAGGUCGAGCCAAAAAAGAAGUGAAAUAUUUUGCAGAAUCAGAUGAUGAAGAUGCAUUUGAAAUGUUUGAUUAGGUGAUCCUGGCAACAAAACAUUUUCCAGCAACAUACAUGAUCUUAUAGAGCAUCUCCUCUUUUGUCUUGUCUUGCAGAAUUUUGUACAUUUUGCUCAUUUUUUGUGAUAACGUUCUCGGUGGUUUUUACUGGUGUGUAGAUGUUUUACACUUUUUAUUAUUAUACAGUUUAUUCUCUUCUGUUUGUUUUUUUUACUUAUCACUGAAAUGUCAUGUAUUUGUCUGAUUGGGUUUUAGAAGUUGUUUAGACACCUGUGCUAAUGCACAUUUUAAUUGUUAAGAGAAAUAAAAUGUAAACUGCUUUUUUGAAAUGAACUUGGAAGUAAACAUUAAGAACUGUAA